UUAUUAUCAAUGCAAUGCAGUGCAACAACAAUAACAAUAACAAAAAGAACAACUUAAACAAAGAAGGAUUGAUUUAAAGCGCAUAUAAGGAAAGUGAAUGUAUGACCGAUAAAAGCUUAUAGAUCAUAUAUAGUGAAACUAAGCGCACAUAAAGGAAAAAGAAAACAAAAAAAAAGAAAAAAAAAAAGGGGGGAAAAAAUCGAAAAAAGAAAGCAGUAAAAUACUAAAGAGUGUGAAAAGGGAAGAGAUGAGAGUAACGUUAACUGUAUACAUGCAUACAUACAUACAUAUACAUAUAUGAUAUAAUUAAUCAUAACCGCAAGCAAAAUAAACGAACAACUGCUUGAAGAGAUUAUCAUUUCGUGGGCUUAACUGUGUGAGUUCAAAGUCAAUCUUCAGUCUGGCAUUAUAAGUGCUCGAGUGUAUACAACAGUUGAACGGUGACAGUUCAAGUAGACGAUAUAUUCAAAAAAAAUACUAAUUUUUUUUUUUUUUUUUUCGAUUAAAAAGUUGAACGCAGUGGUUCAUAUACAAAACAACAACAACAGCAAACAAAAAGAAAAAUGCAAUUAAUAUAUAAUUUAAAGCUUCUGUUUAUUAUAUUGUGGGCGCAUCUGAUACAAAACGCAUUGACCGCUAUUACAAGCUCGUCGCCCGCUAUUAGUGGUAUUACUAAAGAUAUUGUCGCCAACAUUGGCGAGGAUAUCGAAUUCAAUUGUACCGUUCAAAAUGUCGGCCGUCUUUCUGUGAGCUGGGCAAAACGUACCCCGAAAUCGGGUUCCGGUUCGGUGGUUCUAUCAAUGCGUAGCAUACUUAGCUUAAGUGAUCCUCGCUACACAAUUGUCGAGACUAAGGAUAAUAAGACUGAUAGUGCCGUUUACACGUUUAAGAUAACGAAAAUCGAAACUUCCGAUACGGGAUCAUAUGAAUGUCAAGUUAUUCUUGCUGCCACCGAGAAAAUCACGAAAACCCUAAACUUGGCCGUUAAACAUCCAGCAAUUAUAUCCCAAGAACGUACUCCCAAAAGUAUGGUGGUAACUGAGGGAGAGAGUUUAGAAAUCACUUGCUAUGCCGACGGUUUCCCCCAACCUACUUUAUCGUGGGAACGGGCACACAAUGCCAUAAUGCCUGCGGGUGGUCAGAUGCACUUGGGAGCCAUUUUGCGGAUCAAAGAAGUGCAUCGUUUAGAUCGUGGAGCUUAUUAUUGCAUUGCCACGAACGGAGUUGGUCAACCGGAUCGUCGUCUCAUACGCGUCGAAGUGGAAUUUCGUCCUCAGAUUGCCAUACAAAGACCUAAAAUCGCUCAAAUGCUUUCCCACGCCGCGGAAUUAGAGUGCACCGUACAAGCGUAUCCGGCACCCGCAGUGUUUUGGUAUCGCAAUGGCGCCAAAUUGCAAACUGACUCGCAGCAUGAAAUUUCGAAUACCGCAUCAUCGCAUGAAACCACCACUUCGGUGCUGCGCAUAGCCAGUAUUAGCGAAUCGGAUUUUGGUGAUUAUUAUUGCAAUGCUACAAAUAAAUUGGGGCACGCUGAUGCUAGACUUCAUCUUUUUCAACCCGUCAUACCGGUUCCAUCGAUAUUUUAAAUAAGGUUUUUUUUUUUUCCUUUUGCACAUCCAUCGACAUUUUUGCAUUUUUUUUUUUUUUUUAAGAAUUUCAAGCACUUAACGCAUUCCUUCCACACCAAUAAUUUCAUUUCAUUUUCCUUCUCUCGCAGCAUAACCAUCAUCACCGCAAUGCUUCUUGAGCACAAAAAAAAAAAAAAAAAAACAAAUGAAAGACUUCAAAAGACAUAAAAAAGUUUUUUUUUUUUAUAUUUUCGGCAAAUUUAAUUUACUUGUUAGUGCAUUAAUUGAAUUAAAUAUAUACGUGUAUACGAAUGUGUGUUAAUAAGAAAUAUACGCAUAAGAAAAAUA